CCACGACGGCGGCGAUAGCUGUCUCGUGGCCGAAAACGCGACGCACACUUGCUACCACCGCCACUACGGGGACGGCCUGAUCUCGCUUGCAUCGACGCUUCCUUGUCGCUCUCUUCGGCCCCAUCAGCCGCCGCCUUGCGAGGAGGAACCAGAGGAGCACGUACAACCCGCGGCACUUUGCGACAAAACCCUACGGCUUUGCAUGCCUGCUGCACAACUUGGCCUCAUUGUUCCUAUUGUCAAUAUUGUCGCUACUGCAACCACUGUCAAAGUCCUAGUUGUCGUAUUCUGCCGUCGAUACAAUCACAUACUGCCAUUUCACUCCAUGGCGGCUUAAUACCGCCUGCGCUGCGAGCCACUACCACCUCCAGUCGCAAGAACUAUGACUGCGUCAGCUGUUCAGAGCCACUUGCAACAGCCAGCUGGGAGCGAUUGCUACGACCCCGAUGACGUUCUUCCGCACGACAGCCCACGAAUGCAAGCUCACCGUCCCAGAUUACAACCAUCGCCUAGCCCACCGCCCGAACUCGGCCCCGGCUCGAAGUCAUUACACGGUGGCCGCAGGGUUGGGCCUAUCCAAGGCGAUGCCGUUCUAGUGGCUCACCUCGGAAACGGCAGGCUACCAGACGUCGCUCACACAGCUGCUCUGGAGCCUCUUGCCUCUGACAACGGAUCCGAAGACGAUUCAUCCUCUCCAACGUCUCCCGAUCGCGACAUGGCCAGGACAGCUGAGCCUUUCGAUCUCAAGAUCCUUGCGGCUGGCGCCUUGGCAUUCAGCGCGACCGACACUCCUGCUACUGAUGCGAUCGCUGCUGCUGCGACAUCCAAACUUGACCAUUCACGCCCAGAAGAUGGUUCAAGAGCUCAACACGAUUCGAUAUCUUCAGGGAUUGGAAGUCACGACCUACCCAUCCGCGAUGAGCGCCCAGCUUUGGCUGCCCCCGCCGUAGUUUAUUCUGCGGGGGACCACCAUGCGCCGCGCCAUUCCGUGCCCAGUCUAAGCAACGCCGAGAUCACGUCUCCAAUAAGCCCCUCACAAUCUGCGCCUGGCGGCCUGCCUCCCCUUCUAGAUUCACCUACUUCAGAUGGAAGUGGGCACGGCCCAUUGCCAUCUAUAAGGGCACAACUUGGGGACCUCAAGGAUUUCAAGCGCUUAGCAGAGACUGCCAUGAGCCCGGAGAACGAGCUAGGACCCGUACGACACGCGGCUUCAUUUCCACGGUCGCCUCCGGCCAAUGUUCCUCGAUUGCCAUUGUUAGCCGGGCUUCCAGUCAGUCAGGCUUCACCACCUAUCUCCCCCAAUGAAGGCUUUCGAAGAGAGCUCCCAUCACCCGCACAUAGCAUACCUUCUCUCAGCCCGUAUUACUAUUCGUCUUCCUCAAGCGGUGGUCGUCACCGCCCGAGUGCCGACUACAGUAGCGGGACAGCAGAGACCCCGAGCACGGACCAAACCGUUUCAACACCCGCCCACUCCGUAGCAGAACGCAUGAGCAUCGAUGGUCUUACAAAUCCUCAAGCUGGCUACGUCUGCACGUUCUCAGGGUGCAAUGCUGCGCCUUUUCAGACUCAGUAUCUGCUUAAUUCGCACGCCAACGUGCACUCAUCAGCGCGGCCUCACUACUGCUCAGUCAAGGGUUGUCCUCGAAGCGAAGGCGGCAAGGGCUUCAAGAGAAAGAACGAAAUGAUAAGACACGGUCUUGUUCAUGAUUCUCCUGGAUACGUUUGUCCUUUUUGCCCGGACCGAGAACACAAAUAUCCUCGGCCAGACAACCUUCAGAGGGUCGCUACUGCUUUGUUGCCAUUCUAGUCCCAUUUUUUGAGUCAACAAGAUAUGGAGGGCUUGGCUAAUCAAGUACACAGACAU